AUUGUAUGCCUAGCGCUUCAGAAGCAGAGAGAAAGCCACAGAACGGCAGAGUUGUAUGUGAAAAAGAGAAUCAAAACAAAAAACAAGAAAAAAAUAAAGCUCUCAGUUUGGAUAGAAACACAACUGUGGCGUCUAUCUAACACAGCGCCUACACGAACUAAGCGGAACAAUGGAUUUUUUAAAUCAUAACUAUAUUAACACAGGCAGCUCGUAUGACUACACGUUUAAUUUCUGGAAUGACUACCUGGGACUUUCUACUUUGGUCACUAAGAACAAUAACAACAAGAACAGCGCGCCUCAAAGCCCGAACUCCAUCACCGAGUCUCUGAAGGCCAGCCUGGGCUUAGACGACUCGCCUCCCUGCUCCUGCUCGUGCUCUUGCCUGCUGGGGGGCAGCGGUGAAGCCGGCCACUUGGACUGUUGCUGCUGCUGCUCCUCCUCGGCCAGCCCACCGCCGACCUCCAUCCUCGAUCUGGAGGAACGUUUCUCUAUCUUCAGCCCCUUUCAGAACCAAAGCGGUGGGGGCGGCGGUAGCAUCCUCCUACCCCAGGAUAGGGAGUCUGGGUUCGGGGGGGCGUUCGCUGGCUUUGACCUCUUCGGAGUGGAGAGGAAAAUGCGCAAGCCUGCGCCCAGGAAUAAGCAGGAGCCGAAGAUCUGCGUGUUUUGUCGGAAUAACGGCGCACCGGAGGAAGUGUACGGCUCUCAUGUACUCAAGACGCCCGACGGGAGGGUCGUCUGCCCCAUCCUCAGGGCUUACACGUGCCCCCUAUGCAGCGCUAACGGCGACAACGCGCACACCAUCAAGUACUGCCCGCUGUCCAAAGACCAACCACCCCAGCGGCAGCUGAAGGGCGGCAGGGCGGUGGGCGGCAAGAGAUUGAAGAUCUUCUAAGGAGAGAGAGAAAGAGAGAGACCCGAUCGCACGGGGAAAUUGCACUGAACAUUUCUGCAGACGACUGUUUGAAUUUGCGGCGCUCCCCCUUUCUGUUUGUUUGUCCUUCUGUUUGUUUGCUGCGCUUACUCUGAUCACUUAAAACAGAGAGAGAGAGGGCGAAAGAACCCCAGUCCGUUUUUUGUAAGUUUUCUUCAGUGUUUUGUUUUGUUUCCCCCUGGGCGUUUCCUGUGCAAGGUUUGCUGCCCGUUAGUUUGUGCAGAUGUUUUAUUCGACUGUUAAAAGUAACAACAUUCUGAGAAAAACAUCAUAAAGCACCUUCAUUUUCCUUGUAUGAUCUUUUCGUUAAGGAGCUAUACACAUUUGUACUAAUCUUAGUCUAGGCAUUUUUGUAAUAUUUCAUUAACUUGUCUCAUUUUCCUGAUCGAAGAACCAAAGUUUAAGCAAAGAAUUGUAGAAUUGUAAACGUUCCGAUAUUUUUGUGUAUGUGCGUGUUUUUUAUUUCACAAUGUUACAGUAGACUUAAUCAAUUGUCUAUACAACUUUGAGGUGUAGAUCUUUCUUUUUUUUUUUUACACAAUUUCAAUCUAUGAAAGCAAUUUGCAUUAAACUACAAGAAUCAGAAAAAAGCUACCUUACAUAAAUGGUACUCUUCCAAGCACUGGCCAGUUUGGGUAACAUAACCCUGGGUGUAGUUACCUUGCCAAAUUAGUUUCCGUGGAGCACUUGGGGUGGGGGAUCUUUUUUGGGGGUUGUUUCCAGCAUAAGGGGCUACUUCCAUUUCAGCAUAUCUUUACAGAUAUAUGUUAUUUCCUUUGUUGCCUUUUUAAUGUUCCACAGUGAAUAACAGAGACAAAAAGGUACUGGAAAUGUUUACAAGCAAAGGAGGAGGGAGGAUCAACACUGUAUUUUUAAUUUACUGCUUUAUCAAGUUUUUUUUUUUUUAAUUUUUAUUUUAGCAGUGCAGAUUUGUUUUCUGUUAUCAGUCACUGUAUUUACUUAGGUUGAUGCAAACUUAAAAGCAAGUGGGAACAGUUUGGGGCUGGGGAGGGUUAUGUUUGCCAUAACCACAAUAAAAUUAUGUUUCCAGGAACUCACACACAUUAAAAAAAUUAUUUACAUUUUUUACAUAAAAAAAUUAAUAUAGCACGAAUGUAAUUAUUGAAUGUUAUAUAAAAAAGCUUUUUAAACAAUGCAUUAUUAUUAUUUUUUGGCAUUAUGUAUGUGCAACUUCAAUCCAAAAAAAAUGCAAAAAUGUAGUGAAUGUACUGAGAAAAAAAAUAAUAAUACAGUGAAAGGUGAUACUAGCCGGACUGCACAUUUCAUACAUUUUUUUUGUUUACCAAAGGAAUACAAUUUUAAUUGAAAUAAGAAUAAAAUGUAAUAAAUUUGCUGUAUUGUGUACAUAUAUAUAAAUAUAUAUAAAUAUUAAAAGUGUGUAAUGUUUAUUCAGUAUUUUAACAUUAAUAUAACAGACUUAAGAGGGUGCUACCUCAACAGAAUUGUUUUCAGAUAAAUACAGAUUUGUACUUAUUGUAAAAGGUCAACAUUUGCAGUUUAUAAAUAUAGUGCUGACAUUUAUAAUAAGGGUUUUUAAUAGUAUUUUUUGGAUCUUUGUAUAACAUAAUUGUAUUUUUUUUGCAUUCUACAUUUGGGAGUCAAUUUCCAAUUAAGCUCUAAGCAUUGUUAGCCAAAAGGCAGGAUGUUGUAAAUAAUAAUGAUAAUAAUAAUAAUCAUGAAUUUUUUCCAAGUUGUGUUGUAAAAUGUUCAUUGUUUUGAGAAGAAAGAAAGAGAGAGAGAGCGUGAGAGAGAAAGAGAAUAAAUGAGAGCGUGGAUCAUGUUUUAAAAAUAAGAAUAGAAAAUUUGCCAGUUUUAACUGAAGUUUUUAAUUAAAGAAAACACUGUUGAAUUUUGUUAUUUAUAUUUUGACACUAUUUUCUGUAUGCUGCAGUGCAGAAUUUAAAGAAAUUGAAUUCACUACAGAAAUAAACAGCUUUAUCAAAUAUUUUAACUCUUAA